CUGUUCGAGGUGGCUGGCACUGUGAGCAGCAGUGCCGAAAAGGCGGACGCACUGGCCGCCAAAAUGAGGGAGGUCCUCAACCCUGAGGACGUCCGGGUCUCCAGACCAAUGAAAACCGCAGAGGUGCGGAUUGCUGGCCUGGACGACUCCGUGACCUCUGAGGAGGUGGUGGCGGCCGUUGCCAGAAGCGGAGAGUGUCCACCGGACAAGGUGCGGGCUGGCGAUAUACGCACCGACGCCUCCGGACUCGGCAUGGUCUGGGUUCGGUGCCCUGUGGCGUCGGCGAAGAAGAUCGCUGAUAGCGGCAGAUUGCUGGUAGGCUGGGUGGCGGCAAAAACCAAGCUUCUACAGCCCCGGGCUUUGCAGUGCUUCCGGUGCCUGGAAAAAGGGCACGUCCGGGCGAAGUGCACCGCUGAGGUUGACCGUAGUGACAUCUGUUUUCGCUGCGGCCAGCCUGGCCACAAGGCGGCCCUGUGCACCGCGGCGUUCAACUGCAGCCUUUGUUCUGCUGCGGGAAGGCCUGCAGAGCACAGAGUAGGCGGAGGGGCCUGUGGGGCGCCUGCCAGCAAGGCCAAAAAGAAAAAAGAAAAGAAGAGGAGCACUAAGCCUGCCGGGUUAACCUCGCUGCCCCCGCAGGCUAGCAGCUCCGCGGCCGACUCCCGGCCCAGGACCGUUGCCGAGGGGAUGGAAUGUCAAUAA